CUUCCGGGAGUCGGUGGACCCUACCAAUAAAACGCGCGCGUUCACGUGAUCAGCUGAGUAGUGAUGACGCAAUCACAAUAAUCUCCCGCAGUGUUAGAAACUUUGAAGAGAAGUUUAAGACGAAUCUGAAUUUAAAUCGUAAAUUAAACUUGUAAGUGUCGGGGAAAUCCCCUUAAAUGACAACUGGGCGCUUCGUCGGAGCCGAAGCGGCGUGGAAAAGCAAUUGGAGCGCCUAGGCCCAAUCCCGACAAUUCUAAACCCACCGGGAAGAGAUCGACUUAGGAUGUCGGGACGCGGAGAGCGGGGCCAGAGGCGUGCGGUUCACAACAAGGAGCGGCGCAGAGGGAAGCGACCGACGGGAGGAGGAGGAGGUGGGGGAGGAGGCGGAGGAGUUGGAGUUGACCCCGUGGAUGAGUUCAAGUCGUUCUCCAAGCAGCUGUUGGCACUGGGAUUGAAGAUACGCGAGGUGGCAGGAGAUGGGAACUGCCUGUUCCGAGCGCUGGGCGAUCAGCUGGAUGGCGAUGUAGGGGGGCACCUAAAGCACCGUGAGCACACGGUGGAGUUCAUGCGCGCUCACCGCGCUCACUUCGAGCCCUUCCUGGAGGACGACGUGCCCUUCGAGCGGCACGUCGCGAACCUAGCUAAACCCGGAACAUUUGCGGGCAAUGAUGCCAUCGUGGCAUUUGCUCGGAGCCAUGAAGUUGUGGUCGUCAUUCACCAGCUCAACGCACCUCUCUGGGAGGUGCGUGGCACGGACAAGGCCGGUGCCCGGGAGCUGCACAUCGCGUACCGGCACGGGGAGCACUACGACAGCGUGCGGCGUGUCGGGGACAACACGCACUGCCCCGCCAGCCUCCACACCAAGACGCUGAGCAUGGAUGAGGAGAACCGUAACCGCGGUGGGAGCAAUCACUCCCCGAGUUCCCCCGCACGGCGCUCCGAGCGUGACGAGCAGGGCGCCCUUCAGAGAGUGAAGCACGCAACAGGGUGUCAGAACGAGCUGCUGGUGCGUCAGUCCCUUGAGGAUGCGGGCUUCAACGAAGACACGGCCAUCGGGGUCGUGCUGCAGACCAUGGAGGCCCUCGCCUCGUCCGCUCAUGAUGAGGUAGAAAAGGCUGUGACCUCGUCACUGCUGCUGGACGAUCCAAACCUCCCGAGCGGACCAGACGAGAAGAACCUCCCGCACAGUUCCCAUGACGACAGAGAUUGCGACGAUGAUGAUGAGAGGCGGAAGCACGGAGCCAGGCAGAAGCAGCAGCAGCAGCAGCACACCAAGCAGACCGGCGCUCGCCAGAAGCGCGAGAACAAGCGUCUCGAUAAGAAGAGGCGGCAGGUGGAGCGGCACAGGCAGCGGGUGCUGGGCGAGCACGGAAACUCCGCCGGGGGUGGCGGUGGCGGAGCCGAUUUGUCCGACGGUGCUCUCCCCGUUGCUCUCACCAAGGGGCUGUCCACGCUCAGCAUUUAAAGUCCGAAUGGAAGAGACCUCAGUGAUGCCACUGUUCUCUCUCGGUCUCUCUCCCUCUCUCUCUCGCCGGGUCUCGAUUCUUAUUUUAGUUUGUGGUGGGGAUUUUUUUUUCAUUGUGUAUUUUGUUCGGGUUUGCUUUGAAUCGCUGCUGCGGCCUAGGCAUUCGACACUUGCAGCGCGAGUUCAGAUCCCGGUCGUGAUGUUGAUGCAGCCCAUCGUCGUGAUUGUCAUCAUCAUACUAUCAUAAUUUAGGGCAGCAGGGUGGCAACACAAGGGGAACACGUGUGCCUAACGGCAAGAAGGGACCUGGGUUCUACUCCCGACUCGGGGGACCUUUCGGUGUGUGGAAUUUGUUUGUUCUCACCCUCUAUCUCGCAUCAGUUUCAGAAUCAGAAUAUUUAUACUGGAUGAAUUCAAUGAGCUAUGAAGCUCUUUUUAACAGAUAUCCAUCUAUGAUAUCUACUGGACAUUCUUCCGGAUUUUUGGGUUUCCUGCCAUAGAGAAAAAAAAACCCUACAAUUUUACUGGCAUUGGCCAAAAUAACCACAAUGAUGAAAACAUUUCCAUGCGCACCAUUCAAUUGGGAUUACACACAGCCCCGUCCUGAAAAAAACUUGGAGGGACCCACAUGAAGAUGAGUUUGAGGCUUUCCCGCAGGCCACACAGAACUUUCAAAUACCUUUUGGCAGGCGACCACACAAUAACACAAUCGAAUAAUUAAGUGAAAAAUAACGUACAUGUCAACUGAGGCUUGUAUUUUAUGAUAAUUAUACCCGCUGUAAUAACCAGGGCAGCCUGUUAAAAAUCGAACCGCAAGCCUCUGCAUCGAGCGGCGGACUCUGCUGGAACGCGUCACCGUCCGAUUGCGUCACAAUAAUUUUCAUCUGUCAUAGGUUCACCAUGAUCGUCGCCCGGCCGGACCCACUGCUCGGCAAUCGACUCACAAUCAGUUUAAUCCCUGAUUGGGGGGGGGGGGGGGGGGCGGGGGGGAGGUUGACUCAGCUCAUUGAAAAUAUCUCUGAGGUUCAUAAUAUUGGUACCACUUUGUGCAAAGUCAUAAUUCUUGUUACAAUAAUGAUAUCACCAACCUAUUAAUCAUUAUGCACCACUUUAACAAUUGUUACGACAUCAACGUCAUUAUGUUUAGGUCUGUCAUCUCUAUCAACAUCACGACCACCGCUAACCUAUCAUCUUCUUGUUCCAGGUGGCUACAUUGAGUACCACCAAGUUAAGGCUACUAACAAUACACUGUCGGGAAUUGACAGUGGCUGCUGCCGUUAUAUUUAAUUGCAAUAGUCUGGGUGCUACCAUAGUAAUGUUGAAUUUCAUCAGCGGGUGACGAGACCUCGCGUGCAAAAUGGAAACUUUUUUUUUUAACAUAUAUAAACGUUCAAUUUGAACUACAGAAUUCGGCAUUGAGUUACUGGUAAGUCAUGCACCGAAUCGAGCACACGACGAUGUCUGGGUUGGUGUCUCGGGAUUGCCGCUUAUGUUUUAAAUAUGUUUUCCAUUGUAAAAAUGUGCGUCUCUUCGACUGUGUAACUGGAAAAGCCAAUGUGAACGCAAGGGUCCCUUGUAUAAUUUAAAACAAUUUCUUCGUCUAUUUCGCUUUUGUCAUUUUUUUCCUCCCCCAUAAUAUUCGUUAUCCCCACUGCUGUCGAUAUCGUGGCAAGAGACGUCGUAGGAAUGGAUACAAUCGAACAAAUUUUUAUAGAACCAAAACCUGGCUUCUAUAAGAGGUAUUUACAUAUUUUUAGUGUCGGAAAAAUGUUGCUUCGUCAUCUCGUUUCGCUCCGUUAUAGGGUAAACGCUCAACCCCAAUGUCUUGGCAAGGCAGAAACAAUGAGCACUCGGUGGAAAGUCAACAGUGGCUGUCCCUUGGAGAAACUGGCUCUCACCAUAGCAAUGUGGAAUUGCCACCACUGUGCCCUGGGCGGACGAUGGAGAUGUGGGCACAGCCCUGACCCUUAUCUAUGACUAAUCCUGACUUGACAACAUAUCUCUAGCCCUAAUCCUCACUCUAACCCAUAACCUCGACUAAACCAUAGUGCUAGCUCCUAAACCUGACACCGACCAAACCUGAACUCUAACCUCAAAACUAAAAUCUGACUUUAAACCAUAGCUGUAACCCCUCUAAAUCCUGACCAUGACUAAACCUUAACCCUGAUUCAAAACCACAGCUUCAUCCCAUAACCCUAGACCUGACUGAUUUAACUGAACCCUAGUCAUUUAAUCUUGACACUAGACCACACCUUUAAUCUUGUAUAUAAGCUAGUGCUCUAACUUCAAUAAACUAUUUCCCUGACCUGACUCCUUUCUGUAAAAUUGCUCUAUAAAGCCAAUUUGUGUGGGGGGGGAUGUAAUAUGAUAUAUAUACGCAUUGAGAUAAGAAUGGUGUUGUGAUGUUGAAGAGCACUUAAGUAUUGAGUUGCGUGUGUUUCACAUCAUUUCAAACUUGCAAAUAAACCAAAUGCAUUGA